AUGACCAAAGGAAAAGAUUGCGGCGAAGAAGAAGUCAACCCCAAUUCAUUUACUCGUGAUAGCGACGGGAAACCGUGGCGAGUGGAGGAAAACGCGAUCCUCUGCCCCAAAUGCAACAUUGAGCUUCCAGGAAACGAGGAGAGGACUCUCAACGCGACAGCCGAUGGCUCUCUCGUCGUCACAUGGGACGGUGCUGAGGAUCCCGGGAACCCCAAGAACAUGUCCCAGCUGCGCAAAUGGAGCGUCGUCGUCGCCACCGGCCUCCUGACCUUCUGCGUCACCUUUGCCAGCAGCGUCUUCGCGACGACGUAUUCCGCCACCGCGGCCGAGUUCGGCGUCACCGAAGAAGUCAUGGUUCUGGGCCUGUCGCUAUAUGUGCUAGGGUUUGCUUUCGGUCCGCUGGUCUGGGGUCCGCUGUCAGAAACGUAUGGGCGCAUGGGGCCCCUUUUCGGAGGCAUGGCCGUGUUUGCCCUUUUCCAGAUCCCCGUCGCCGUGGCGCGGGACCUGCAGACCCUGUUCAUCUGCCGCUUCUUCGGCGGCGUGUUCGGGUCUGCGCCCGUCGCGAUCCUGGGGGGCAUGUAUGUCGAUUUCAUGGCGCCGAUCGACCUUGGUGUCGCGGCGGCGGUCUUUGCGGGCGCCGCGUUCCUGGGCCCUGCUGCCGGCCCGAUCUUGGGGAGCUUCAUCACCCAGUCCUCGCUCGGCUGGCGGUGGACGAUCUGGAUCACGCUCCUCAUGACCGUGGCCUUCGGCCUCCUCGUCUCGACCGUCACCCCGGAGACCUUUGAGCCGGUUCUUCUCCGCAGACGCGCGAGGGAGAGACGGCAUGCGACCAAGAACUGGGCUCUCCAUGCAAAGUCGGAAGAAUACCCGCUGGACCUCCGGACACUCCUCAAAAAAUACCUCACCAAGCCUCUGCAGAUGAUAGUCCUGGAGCCCAUUCUUGUCGUCGUCACGGUAUACAUGGCACUGGUGUACGGAAUCCUGCUUCUUACUUUCGAGGCGUACCCGAUAUCCUUCGAGGUCAAGAGGGGCUGGUCGCCCACGAUUGGAAGUCUGCCUUUUACAUGCAUCCUCGCCGGCGUCGUGGCUGGGUGCCUCGCCAUCGCGGCAUUCACCAAGACUUGGUACGCCCGACGCUGGGCCGCUGGCAUGACCAAACGGCCGACGCCUGAAGAUCGGCUCCCGCCCAUGAUCGCGGGAUCCGUUGUUCUUCCCAUCGGCCUGUUCUGGUUCGCAUGGACAUCCGACCCGUCCAUCCCUUGGGCGGCACAGGUUCUCUCGGGCCUGCCCAUCGGCGCGGGGAUCAUCCUGAUCUUCAUGACCGGCGUGGUCUACCUGAUGGACGUCUACGCCCGCAACGCCAACAGCGCGCUCGCGGUCAACACGUUCAUCCGCUUCGUCAUCGCCGCGUCGUUCCCCCACUUCACCUCCAGCAUGUACAUGUCCAUGGGUGUCGCGUGGGCCACCACCCUGCUCGGGAUACUGUGCGUCGUGUUGAUCCCCUUCCCCUUGCUGUUUUGGAGGCGCGGGGAGAAAAUCAGAGGCUGGAGUUGUUUUGCAUUCAACCCGGAAGCAUCAUGAGGCGAGGUCUUUCUUCC